CGCCGUCACGUGGCGGCCGCGCGUUCCGGAGCCGGACGGUUGAAGAAAACAAAUUUUUUUUAAAAAAAAUACUCGAUGUUCGAAACGAGCGGCGCUGGGCUCGGGACGCCAUCUUGAAACCCUUCGCAAACAAGGCGCUUAAAGGAAGGAAAGCCGCCGCCGCUCGUCCGACCGCAAGCAUGUUGUACUUGGAGGAUUACUUGGAGAUGAUCGAGCAGCUUCCCAUGGAUCUCCGCGAUAGGUUCACGGAAAUGAGGGAGAUGGACCUGCAAGUGCAGAAUGCAAUGGACCAGUUAGAACAAAGGGUGAAUGAGUUUUUUGUGAAUGCAAAAAAGAAUAAGCCAGAAUGGAGAGAUGAACAAAUGGAAGCAAUUAAAAAGGAUUAUUAUAAAGCUUUGGAAGAUGCGGAUGAAAAAGUCCAGUUAGCCAACCAAAUUUAUGAUUUGGUGGAUAGACAUUUACGAAAGUUGGACCAAGAGCUUGCCAAAUUUAAAAUGGAGCUUGAAGCAGAUAAUGCUGGAAUUACAGAAAUACUGGAAAGAAGGUCUUUGGAGUUGGACAACCCACCUCAGCCAGUUAAUAAUCAUCAUGCUCACUCGCAUACUCCAUUAGAAAAACGGAAGUAUAACCCAUCCUCUCACCAUGCCUCAGACCAUGUACCUGAGAAGAAAUUCAAAUCAGAAGCUCUUUUAUCUACACUUACAUCAGAUGCUUCAAAAGAAAAUACACCCGGGUGUCGUAACAACAAUGUAACGUCUGCUUCGAACAAUGUCUACAAUGCAAAUUCAUCACAGCCACUCAGCUCAUACAAUCUGACCUCGUUAUCUCCAGGAGCUGGACCGGGAGCUGUCGCUAUAACAAUGGCAGCAGCUCAGGCUGUUCAAGCAACUGCACAGAUGAAGGAAGGGCGGAGAACAUCUACUAUAAAGGCCACUUACGAAGCAUUCAAGAAUAAUGACUUCCAGCUUGCACGCGAAUUCUCUAUCUCUAGAGAAUCGACAGGAUAUUCAUCAACAUUAGCCUCUACGCUGACACAGACGUUGUCAACAUCAACCACAGAUUCACGUAGUGGACGAAAAAACAAAAGCAACAAGUCUUCAAAUCAUCAGUCUUCAUCAUCAUCCUCAUCAUCAUCUUCCUCUUCGUCAUCGGCAGUAACACAAGAGAUUCCUCAGCAGACCCCAGCUCUACCAGAGUCUGAUUCUAACAGUCAAGUGGAUUGGACGUAUGACCCAAAUGAACCUCGCUAUUGUAUCUGCAAUCAGGUAUCCUAUGGUGAAAUGGUCGGUUGUGAUAAUCAAGAUUGCCCCAUUGAGUGGUUCCACUAUGGGUGUGUUGGACUAACAGAAGCCCCGAAAGGAAAAUGGUACUGCCCACAAUGCACAGCAGCAAUGAAGAGACGAGGGAGUCGCCACAAAUGAAAUGAGAAGCAGAGGACUUGAUUUGACUGGUGCUUUAUCAGAACUUCAAACUAGAAUCUAAAUAUAACAUUGAAUGAGAGCAACAAACAACUGCAGUACCUGAUAUCUUUGCAGUAUUCUUGUAGAUGUUCCUAAUUCAGAAUGUAAAGCUUGUUGAUACAGAAGUUCAUUUAAUCUUUUUUGUGUAAAACAUCAGGUGGCUAACAUUACUCCUUUAAACAAUUGUAACGAGCNAAAAAAGUCCCAAACUAUAGUCUGUUUUAAAUAUGUGUUACUUUUCCAUUUAAUUAUUACUUCUGUGAAACGUUUCAGCUGGCUGAAGUAAAAUGCAAUAUGGGCAAUAAAAUCUUGUAGAGCUGGUGUAAACUGGCACAUGGUAGUGGUCUGAUAUAUGAGUAAACAUUACUAUAUCAUAUGAAUGCCAGUUUGUGCCAUUAGUGUUAAAUGUUUAUUUGUCUGUUCUGAACCUUUGGUACAGCACAUUUGAUAUAAAGGAUGUAAAAA